UAUAGAUUACCGUAGAGCAUUAAAAUGUGUCUAUUUAAAUGACCUGUUCAUUUGCUGUAUAUACUUGUGUACUUAAUUGCUCAAAAAAUUAUAUUUACAAUAAAUAAUGUAUCUUCGUUCCUCUAUUUAUGACAGUGAUGCAUAGAGACAGACAGAACAAAUGAAUGGUUUUCUAUUAGAUGGCAGGAAGUAAAUAUAGUAAUUCAUGUAUCCACUUUUUGUGACAUUUUUGUUUGUUGGUGUGCCGUGAGAUUUUUCAAUUGUGAAAUAUGUUCCUUGCCUCCAUAAAGGUAGGAAAUCACUGCUCUAAUCAGAUCGUGUAUUCUAAUCAGUCAGGUCAAACCAACAUUACAUGACAGAAAUAAUGGGUGCUAACUUACUGUAAUUAAAUGACUUUAUUUUUAAUUAAAUUACUUCACCCACGCGGCACGGUGGACGACUGGUUAGAGCGUCUGCCUCACAGUUCUGAGGACUAGGGUUCAAUCCCCCGCCUGUGUGGAGUUUGUAUGUUCUCCCCGUGCCUGUGUGGGUUUUCUCCGGGCACUCCGGUUUCCUCCCACAUCCCAAAAACAUCCACGGUAGGUUGAUUGAAGACUCUAAAUUGCCCGUAGGUGUGAAUGUGAGUGCGACUGGUUGUUUGUUUGUAUGUGCCCUGCGAUUGGCUGGCAACCAGUUCAGGGUGUACCCCGCCUCCUGCCCGAUGAUAGCUGGGAUAGGCUCCAGCACGCCCGCGACCCUAGUGAGGAGAAGCGGCUCAGAAAAUGGAUGGAUGGAUAAUAAUAAAAAGGUCAAAAUCUCAAACAAAAACACAGGGUAGCGGAAGAAAAUGGAUGAAUGGAAAAAGACCAGGCACAGGAACAGAUGCAUGUGAGGACACAGUGGCCACCUGGCAGUAUUUUGAGGACAUACAGUACAUGAGGCGUGGGAUGCCAGGCCAUCGAUCGAGCCCCCAGUCUUGGUGGUAUCUUUUCAGGCGGUUCCAUCAACAAACAGUAGUGAAAAAUAUCAUCAUCAUGAGCAACAGGAGCAAGAGUCGCUUCACAUUAAAGAGGAGGAGCAAGAGCCCCCUCACAUUAAAGAAGAGGAGGAGGAGCACUCCGACAUUAAAGAAGGGGAACCAGUGUUCCCUCACAAUAAAGAGGAGGAGGAAUGUAAGGUGGGUGCUUAUAUGGAGGAGGAAGAUCCCCCUCAUAUUAAAAAGGAAGCCAAGUCAGAAACUCCCCACAUCAAAGACGAAGAGGAGGAAAAUAUCAAGUUGCCAUUGACCUUUGUCCUUUUGAAGAGGGAAGUUGAUGAAGACAUAGGUCAACGUGAGGAGAACAGAGGAGUGGAGCCUCCAAGCAGCAGCUCAAGUCGAUACAUGACACCAGGAGGUGAUGGAGACCACUGUGGUGGAUCCCAAGUCGACGGCCUCAUCGCUCCACUAUCAGAUAGUGACGACAUAACGUCACACUCUCCUGACACUGAUGAUGAUAAUAAUGAACACUCGAAAGGUGAUAUGACAUGUCACACUGACAACAAUUGCAGGAAAUGUUCUCAGUGUGGGAAAACAUUUAGUUCAAAGGGGAAUUUGAAUGUUCACAUGAGAAUACACACUGGAGAGAAACCUUUUGUCUGCUCAGUUUGUGGUAAAAGAUUCUCUUAUAAGGACUGUUUAACAAUACACACAAGAACUCACACUGGAGAAAAACCUUUUGCAUGCUCAGUUUGUGGUAAAAAAUUGUCUGAUAGUGGAACUUUAAGAACACACACAAGAACACACACUGGAGAAAAACAUUUUGCCUGCUCCAUUUGUGAUAAAAGCUUCUCUGCAAAGUCCAGUUUAACAAUUCACACAAGAACACACACUGGUGAGAAACCUUACGACUGCUCAGUUUGCGGUGAAAGAUUUGCUGAAAAAGGCACAUUGACAAUACACACAAGAACACACACUGGGGAGAAACCUUUUGCCUGCUCAUUUUGUGGUAAAAGUUUCAUUGCAAAGUCAUCUUUAACAACGCACACAAGAACACACACAGGAGAAAAACCUUAUACCUGCUCAGUUUGUGGUCGAACAUUCUCCUUAAGUGGAACCUUAAAAAAACACAAAAGAACACACUGGGGAGAAACUACUUAGUUGCAGUGUUUCUGCUUGAAGUGUUCUCGUAUUUUUUUUACAAGUGUGCUGGUGAGAAUAGCAGUGAUCAUUAAAUCUUAAAAAAAAAAAAAAAAACUGAAGAUACUGACUCAUUGUGGUAAACUGUAAAAUUGUGCAUCGCUGGCAUCGAGCUGAAACCUGUGUUGGAAAUUCUUCUUCUGGCAGAAUAAUUAAGAAAACAAUCUUGUAUUUCUAAUUUAUUUUUAAUUUAUUUUUUUACUACAAGGAAAUAUUUACAGGGAUCAAGAGAGAUGAGAAUGAGAGAGAGUGAGUAAGAGAGAGAGGCUGCUCCUUAUUGCUGUUUCCCACACAUUCUGCCACCCAAGAGGUGAAAACAAAGAUUAUACAGGAAGUUCCUCAAAUCACCUAGUACCCAGUAAAUUUCCAUGAGAUGAGGUUCACACAUUAGCUCAAUGCUUCUGUUUUUUUCUGUUACGACCCCCCCCCCCCCGAGUAAGAAGAAAAAAGAUUGUGACCCCCCCCCCCCUACCCGCAGCCCCUGCGAGUACACCUCUAUAUAACAUUGUAUAUAAAGAAUAAUCUAAUCUAAUCCUUAUAAACAUUGAAGAAAGUACAAAAGAAAGAGACUGCCAUCUACUGCAGUGGAUGUGCAAUUACACUUUAUUCUAGUACGGCAAAUCAUGUUCUUCAGGGUCUCACACGCCCUGGCAUCGUGCCCCAUUAUUUGAGAGAAACUGCAUUAGCUAGACACUACUUUCCCAUCCCAGCGAGCUGCAGCCUUAUUUUAUGGGAUAUCCAGAGGCUGAGAGACAAAGCUGAGUUGCUGUUUAGACAUGGUUACAUAGGAUUGCGUAUAAGCUAAUUUAGCCCAGCGUUAUUGAGCAGUAAAAGCAUGCAAAGGUUAUAUUAAACUUAAAACAGAUAUUAGUAAUUAUGCCAAUUCACUCCUUUUUCACAUUUUUACACAAAAUCUAUAUGUGUUGUUUUUACAAAUUAUUGACCAAUUUUAGGUGUUGAAAAUCGCUUGCUCUCUUUAAAGAUGCAAUGUUGUGUGAAAAGUGAUGGUUUUGGAGAUGUGAGGUUUCCACCCGAUAACAGCGAUAUGUGAUUUCGAAUAAAAUAUGACAGUGGAUUUAAUGAUGAUGACGUAAAGAUGCUAAGCCAAUAAUUUUAUCUGACAGAAAAAACAUUUGGUUGUGUGGUCAAUUGCCAGGAGUUAGUGAUUCAAUUCUUUGUUUAUUUCAGACGUGAAUGAAAUAAGAUGUAAAUUAUUGUAUCUCUUUGCCUGUAAUAACAUUUGUAAACAACAUUAAAAACACAACCUAGACGUUA